AUGGUUUCUUUUGGAGUUGCUCAGAUUGUAAUUGCUGCCCCUUGGGUUCUACUGAGGUGUGAAACAUGGCGUUCGCACAAUCAAAGUGUUGGUCGAUUGACAAAGACGACCCAACGUGAUGAUUCAACAGCCUUUCUAGUCCGCUUCAACCGGACAAGUGCACAACUACCGACGCUGUUCGGAUCGUUAUCAGGCGGCCAUGGACAUGUUCGCGGAUCUGGACCGAUGUUGAAUACGUUUCCUUCUUCUACACGAAAAGAUGAUGCAACGGUCGAAGCUUGUCACCUCGCUCCUCAGAGCCUGGCAGUUCGCCACGGAAAAAGAAUAUGCUCCGAUGCACCAUCAACCGAUCACAAGGUGUUGGUCGGAGUGAAUACAGUCUUCCCCAUCAUAUCCCCAGAGAUAAUCGACCCAAAAGCUCCUCAAAAGCUUCAGGGGCGUACGACCAAAUAA